GGUCCUAAAUGAUGCAAUGUUUGGGACAGCGAAACAACUAGAGGCUUCGAUCAAUUUUAUCGUGCAAAUAGUAAGAUUCAUGAGCCCGAUCGAAUUCGUCGACGAACUUGAAAGAGUCAAUAUUUUAGAGAGCGAGUUGAUAAAGCGGUUGGUGUAUACACUACAAAAAUAUAAUUAUCCAUCAAUUACAAGUCCAAGUAUAAGAAGAAAUGUGAUAGAGCUUUCAAUUUGGUUGAUGCAAUUUAAUGAGAAGUGCAUCACAUUGUUUAGAAACCAUGAGAUGGAAAAGGAGCUUCAACAUGUUGCAGACACCACUUCAGAUGUUGAAUGUUUUGUUGUAUUUUGUGGUCAUGUUGGGCUCACAAGGUAUGGAACAACAAUGGCUACGCUUAUUGACACUGCAUGGGAGUUGCUGGGGAAAAAUAUUCAUUAGAAGGUACAUAUAUUAGCAUGAAUUGUGGAAUAUUACGAGCCUAUCAAAAGACAUUAUUUUAUAUUGUAUUAUUAUUCAUUGGUUCUUUUAUAAAAUAUGCAUUUAGUUCUUUGGUGUUUCUAAAGUUUAUGAAAAGGGUAUUUACAUAAAUACCAUCCCGUUCUAAUGUAUUCACAUAUCUAACAUCUAAACUUUGAUUUUUACUUUUAUACCACCAAAUCUUCAUAUCACACUAAAAGACCACCAAAUACAGCUUGACAUUCAUAGGUAAAGUGGCAUACAUGUAAAAAAUAAAAUUCAGACGUUAGAUAUGUAAAAACAUAAGAAUUGAGUGGUAAGCACAGCAAUCAGAACAUGAGUAGCAGCAGUAUCAAUCAUGCCUGGAGGACAAACAUCAUAUUCAAGAUUCAAAAUUCCAAUAUAUUCAUUAGAAACAAGCCAUAUCAAGAUGGUAUAAGUUUGUUGGAACCGAGACCCUGAAUGAUCUUGAAUUUUAAUCUAAAAUAUUUAUUGUUCGAAAUGCUCCGAGAUUCGUGCAUGAUUAAUUUUUUUUUUUAAUAACAUCUCUCUCUCUCUUUCUCUCACACACACAAUCCCACUCCUUAAAACUUGUACGGCAGUCAUUCUACCCCGUUGGCAUUAUUUAGCUUCGCAAAUCACAAUCCCUGAGGUUUUUGUUCGAUGUUCACAUUAACCCAACUCUCGCUUGCUUGAUUGCUGCUAUCAUUGAGCAUUCAAAUCAUUCCAUCUCUCUUCAACUCAGGCAAUACAACUAGCUGUCAAUGACUACUACAUUCCUCCUACGAACCAAAAUUUAAAUUUUUG